GUGUCCGAAACGAGACGCUUACUAAAUUAUAUUAAAGUGUUUUUAUUUAGUGCCUUGGUUCAACAACAUUCAUAAAAAACAGUUCAAAAUACAUUAUUUCAAAGAUGGCAAUCAAACUGACUAAGAGUUGUUGUAGUUUUUGCAUAAGUCCAAGGAUUGAACUUGCAAUUUGGGCAUGUAUCAGUUUGAGUAUCACCACGGUGUCCUUGUUUUACCUGAUUUUUGGGGUAUUGUUCGCGGAUGUAAUGAGAGGAGGUAGCCAUCGCUACGCCCCCGAGGAUUUGAUCAUAUUGGUGAUCUCAUUGGUGUUAAUUGCCGACGUCGUCUACAACGUACUAAUCUUAGGGUCUUCACUUGGGGGAAACGCGAAGCUACUGAACAUUUCCUAUUACCUCGGUGCCGUGUUGUGGUUCGUUCUAACAGUAAUCCUGAUUUUGGGUUUCGCAACUGCGAUAGCGAUCGGACCAUCAGACGCUGCGGCGCUAUUUUAUAGAUAUUCGGCAAUUUUUAUCUUACUGAUAAUUAUGCGAGGAUACAUGCUCCUGAUAAUGUGCGGCGUAAGGUCGCAGCUACAAGAACAUGGAUACAUUGACUUGGACAAGACCAUGGAAAUUGGGAGGGACCAGGAACCCCCAGUUGGACUCGUUCAUUAGUUAUGAACUUUUUCAAUAACACAAUUGACAAAAAAAAAAAACUACUGUAAAACCUUGCAACUAUAGUCCAAUACUGCAACUAUGGUCCACAAGUUCAAAAGGAAAUUAAGUAUCAAUACCUACUCUACCAAUGUUCCUUUUGGUUUAUUCCGAGUUUUUUCUCCCAUUUAUAAACAUACCUUUUCUUAGAACUACAAUAAAUACAGAAAGACCACUGAACGAAAAAAACCGGGCAAGUGCGAGGCGGACUCGCGCACGAAGGGUUCGGUACCAUAAAGCAAAAAAAAGGAAAAAAAUGCAAAAAGAAAACGGUCACCCAUCCAAGUACUGACCACUCCCGACGUUGCUUAACUUUGAUCAAAAAUCACGUUUGUUGUAUGGGAGCCCCAUUUAAAUCUUUAUUUUAUUCUGUUUUUAGUAUUUGUUGUUAUAGCGGCAACAGAAAUACAUCAUCUGUGAAAAUUUCAACUGUCUAGCUAUCACGGUUCGUGAGAUACAGCCUGGUGACAGACGGACGGACGGACGGACGGACAGCGAAGUCUUAGUAAUAGGGUCCCGUUUUACCCUUUGGGUACGGAACCCUAAAAAUACAGUUCAUUUUGGACUAUACGUAGAUGGAUGCUUUGUAUUAUAGUUGGGAUGUUUUACGGUACCUAAGUUCUAAAUGAUAUGAUAAGUUCUUAUUAAUUAAGUCUGACUAUUUGAGCAAUAGUAUAUGUAAGAAAUAAAAACUUAAAAAAUGU